GAGCUUCAGUUUCGUUUCUGCGUUAACUUUCGUUUCUUAGCCUGCUCCCUAUGCUCGGGAUGAAACGCAACAAAACCGGGGAUUCAUAUCGGACGCGUUCAGUAAGCUGCAGAACCCUCAGUCUGCUUUGAAGAGCUUUAACUAAAUUUAAAGACCGGUUACUCUCCAAAAUGUACGAGACGGAGAAGGAAAACCUGAAGCGGUUUAAGGACUACAUUGUAGAAAUACUCCGUCCUUCUUACAUCAAAACGUUUUUGUCCACGUACCUGGGAACAGAGAUCGAAGAGAGAAUCCUCGCAGAAGAGAACACCUCCGUCACAUCCGCUGCUGAAAUGCUUCUUCAAAAUAUACUAAACCUGGAGGCAGUAGGCUGGUUUCAAGCCUUUUUGGAUGAACUGCUAGCCAAAGAAUACACAGGACUGUGUGAGGCUAUUCAGGAGUGGGAUUUUAAAAAGCUUGAAGAAAUGAGAGAUCACAAGGCUCUUCUGCACCAUGUUGAAGCGUCCUUCACCAAACACAUAAAGCCGACAGAGGUUGUUAGUUGCAUGCCUAAAUGCUUUUCCCCCCGGGAAUGUGAAGAAAUAAAAGCAAUCACUGAACAAAAAGGACAAAUUGCUGGUGCAGAAAAACUGACAGAAUGUUUGAAAAGGUCGGACAAAACCAACUGGUUCAAACUCCUGAAGUUGGCGCUGGAGGAGCGCAAUUUUACCAUUGCCCUGCAAUUACUGGACCCAGAUACAGAAAACAGUUGUAAAGAAGUGGAAGACGUGGAGGCAAAUGGUGACACUGCAACGGUCCGCUUCGAGUACAGGGAAGACUCUGGUGCUGAUGAUCUGGUGGGAGAUCUCAAUCAGAUGGGGCUGACUGAGAACCAGGACAAAGUAACAGGUGGCAGUGCUUUUCUGGAACCUUCCAAACCCCCUGGCGAACGGAAACUCCGGGCCUAUCAGAGAGAGCUGGCAGUGCCUGCCUUCGAAGGAAAAAACACCAUUAUCUGCGCUCCCACAGGCAGUGGAAAGACCAUUGUUGCGCUUGCUAUAUCUGAACACCACCUGAAGUCUAAAGCUGACCAGAAGCCCAAGAUUGUUUUCAUGGCUACUAAAGUGGAUGUGUAUGAACAACAGUACAAACUGUUCAAGGAACACUUCAAUAGAACAGAUCAAGACGUGAGGAUUACAGGUCUCUGUGGAGACAUGGGCGAGCAGAUCUCCUUGGAUAUCAUUGCAGAAACCAAUGACAUCAUCAUUCUGACGCCCCAGAUCCUGGUGAACGCCCUGAACAGGAAGGACCUGCCUUCGCUCUCAGUCUUUUCUCUCUUGAUUUUUGACGAGUGCCACAAUGCCACUAGAAAGCAUCCCUACAACGUUCUCAUGGCCAGUUACCUGGACAGCAAACUCAGUCGUAGGAAAGAGUCAUUGCCUCAGAUCGUGGGGCUGACGGCUUCUGUGGGGGUCGGGACUUUCAAGUCCCAGCAGGAAGCAGAGAAUAAUAUCUGCCAGCUGUGUGCGAACCUGGAUGCCAGCAUUAUCUCUACUGUCAGUGACAACAAGGAGGAGCUCUUGUCCUUUGUAUACGUACCUGAAAAAGAUUUCUUUGAGGUGGAGAAAAGAUCUGGCGAUCCAUUCAUUGCCAUCAUACAUAACAUCAUGUCCAGAAUUGAAGUGCUGGCCAAGAAGGAAUACGACAUCGAGUCCCUGUCAAACAUCGAGAACCACGACCACGGCACACAGAAGUACGAGCAGUGGAUCGUUGACGUGCAGAAGCAGUGCAAGGUCCUGCAGCUGGAGGACAAGGAGCAGGAGAGCCGGGUGUGCAGGGCGCUGUUCAAUUACACCGAGCACCUGAGGAAAUACAACGAUGCACUCAUUAUCAAUGAGGAUGCCCGGACCAAGGAUGCCCUGGAUUACCUGAAGGCCUUUUUUGAUCAAGUGAGACAGGCUGGUUUUGAUGAAACCGAGCAAAAAUUGACUGCGUGUUUUGACACUGAGUACCCACACCUCCUCCAGCUGUCCCAGCAGGGGCAACAGAACCCCAAACUCGAGCAGCUGAAGUACAUUCUGGACGAGGAGUACAGGAACGACGAGAAGACCCGCACCGUGCUGUUCGUCCGGACGAGGGCGCUGGCCGACGCGCUGAAAAACUGGAUUGAGGAAACGGACACACUGAAGUUCCUGAAGCCGGGAGUGCUGAUCGGCAGAGCUCGCAAGUCUAACCAGACAAAUUCAGGAAUGACUCUGAAUUCCAAGAAAGGGGUGUUGGAAUCCUUUAAAUCCUCAGAACAGAGUAAGAUACUGAUCGCCACCUCUGUGGCGGAUGAAGGCAUUGACAUUCCGCAGUGCAAUCUUGUGCUGAUGUACGAGUACGUUGGCAAUGUGGUAAAGAUGAUCCAAGUAAGAGGACGUGGACGGGCAAAGGGGAGCAAGUGUUUCCUUAUCUCUGACAGAAAGGAGCGUAUUGAAAAAGAGAAACUGAACAUACUUCGUGAAAAAAUAGUGGAGAAAGCUAUUGCUAAUUUGCGGCAAUCCAAGGAAUCUAUGCAAGCUAAGAUUGACACCUUCCAAAGAGAAGACAAGAGAAUACGCGAUCAUGCCAACUCAAUGCCAGAGAGACCCAGGACUAAUGGCAACUUUAAGCUUCUCUGCGCGAAAUGCAAGAAAUUUGCUUGUUUCUCAGACGACCUGAGGGUGGGACAUGAGGGGUCGCACCACAUUGUUGUGGAGAGAAGCAUCUUCAACCGCUGUGAGAGGAGUCCCCACCCGAACCCCCGACGUUUCGGGCAAUUAGAGAAAAAGAUGAAGAUGUUUUGCAAACACUGUAAAAAUGACUGGGGGAUCGUUGCCACGUACAUGAACAUAGAAGACAUGCCCGUGAUCAAAAUUGAUAGCUUCGUUGCCCAGAACUGCGUGACCAAUGUACAGCACUAUUUCAGAAAGUGGAAAGAUGUCACAUUUGCUAUUAGACAGUUUGACAUAGCGGAUAUAAAGCCCUUUUAAACCCAGCUGCUAAUCCCUGAGAAUUCCCCCAUAUGAUUCUGUCUCCUCCUUGUGUGGGUACAUGUGAUCAGUAUUGUUCUCUUAGUCCGAAAUUAUAUAUUUUUCUUCAACUUCCUGCUCAGCAUAGAGAAGGUACCUGUAGAACACCCAUUCAAGUCCCUGUCAUAGCCGCAGUGAAUGGUAAUGAUGAUGUGUUUCAUCUUAAUACCAGGAACGUACUGAUACAGUAUCUAUAAAAAGUUGAAUGGCUAAGAAUGAUUAUUUUCAUGUGCAUAUAUAGUACUUGACGAUGAUGAUGACGGUGAUGGGAUUAUGUGUUUUAUGUUUGGAUUUUUAAACAGCUUUUUUAACAUACCAUGUCACAACUUAAUCUGUGACAUCGUGACCUUUGCACUGAGUACACCUUGUGAGUCUGUUGAUUGGCAUGUGUGUAUGAAUACUUGUAUAGUACUCAGGGAUACUCAUGAAUGUAAUGAUUCUAAAUAUACUGCAUGGUGUUUAGGUGAUUGAUAUGUACAUCCUGGGUAGCACUCCACAGUCCGUACUAAAUCAAACGUAGCCAGACUUCAUUAUAUAAAGACAUUUUUUUAUUUUAUUUAUUUAACCUUUAUUUACCCAGGGUAGGUUCACUGAGCACGGAUGCUCUUUUGCAGCAACGCCCUGCUUCACACUCAUACACAUUCACACCUGGGAGCUGCCCAGUACAGCCACAAUCCUCUAUUGUUGGCCACUGAGCAGCUCCACUGGAGGGAGCUCCACAUUAAUAUAUGUGAGACAAAGGUGUGGUGUACUUUGUAAUUUUACAUUUUAUUGAGCUCUUACUGGGAUGGACAUUGUAUGCACUGAUGUUUGUAUUUCAGUCUCUCAGAAUUGGACCUGCUGUCCUUGUAUUUAUAAUUCAAUUUCUCAAUAGUUUUUUAGUAGAUUCACAUGAGAUUUUUCAUUUCUUCGGUCUCUUCAAAAUCAUACAUCUGUUAUUCUCUGUGUCUCGAACAGGAUAAAGCACUGUAACGAGAUGUCUAUAAAGAGCAUAAAGAUGAUUUCAUACUAAAUGUGAUAUUAUAAGUUAUGUUAAGAUCCAAUUAAGAUAUACAGUUUCAUGGUCUGUUGUUUUUGAGAAAGUUAUUUGAGGGGUCAAGAAACCUUUUGGCAUGUUAUUUCAUGGGUGUUCACUUCAUAGAUGAUGGGGCUCUUUUUCUAUCACUUUUUUCGAUAACCUGUAUGACAUGGUGCCACCUAAUCUGCUGUCACUGCAUCUGUGGCAGCAAGUGUCUGUGGUUGCACACAACAUAGUAGGAAGUAGGGCUUAGUUUCUCAGAAAUGCUGCUUCAAAUGCAAAUACUAAUUCUAAAUGAAGCUUCUUUCUUUAACAAUUUAGUGGCUGGAGCAUUCCAGAAGCUUCGGAAUUAUUCUUUUUUUAGGGGCUGAUUUAGAGAAACUGGUUAACACUUCAACACCGAAUUUUCAGGGUAUACUAAAUAGAAUUUGCAUCAGUGGGCCUGUAGGGGGCAGUAUUCCCUUCAGACAGCACAAAGCCGAUAACCUUGCUAGGAUACCUAAUCACUGCCGUAGAAAAAAAAAAAAAAAAUCUUUGAAUGAGACGCAAAAU